GAUGAUCAGCCGCUUCGCCGCCUGGAUGUGCGAACUAUAAGUCCAUGAAGCGAUUUGACCUUUACGAUGGAAAAUAUCCCUUUUCCCACCGUGCCCUAUCCACGGAUGGAGCCUCCGGCCCACCGUGAGAAGAAAAUGAAAGUCCUGGCGUUAGGCAUGUCCCGCACUGGGACCAUGUCUCUUUAUGUCGCCUUAAAGGAACUAGGAUACACCUGCUACCAUAUGGCCGAAUGUAACCUCGACCAGCAGAAUGAUUCAUUACGUCUUUGGAAUCGCGCCAUAGAUGCGAAGUUCAAUGGGAACGGUCACAAAUUCGCAGGCGCCAACUUUGACCAGAUGCUUUGGCGUUACGAUGCUAUUACUGAUAUUCCCUGCAUUCUCUUUGUUGAGGAGCUGAUGGAUGCCUAUCCCGACGCACGCAUAGUGCUGACCACCCGCCCCGUUGAGCCAUGGUUGGCCUCCAUGCAGCGCACCUUCUACGCCAUUCUGGGCUGGAAGCGGUGGAGCCUGUUGGAGUUCAUUGAUCCUACUUACAUUGGCCUUUACAUCCCACUUCUACGAUCUGCACUGUCUGUGUGGACUGGGGGAACGUGGCAAGAGAGUAGUCGUCUACCACACGGCUUCGCUGCCCAUUAUGACCUUGUACGUACCGCCGCACAGAAGCGAGGGCGCGAGGUGCUGGAAUUUAAGGUCCAAGAUGGUUGGGAGCCCCUCUGUCAGUUUCUCGGAAAGGAAAAGGAGAAACCGAACCAUCCCUUCCCCCAUGUUAAUGAAGGGGAUUUCAUUACGAAGUUCCAUUAUAUCAUUUUUUGGAUGCGGCUGGUUGGGGUGCUCAAGCCAUGGCUGACAUGGAUCGUCUUCCCUGUAGCUGCCGCGACCGCGAGCUGGUGGUGGUACCGCUCUUAAACUAAGGCUUCACUCUCUGACUUGUAUCUAGCUCAUUCUGCACUGGAGGUUGACUCUAACGAACAGUUCCUUGUAGUUUAUCAGAACAUAUUUACCCGCCUCUUGACAUCACAUGAUAAACACACCCUAACAUCUAAAAGAAGACCACGUGCAAAAACAUGGCAUAUACGAAUCCCGAGG